GUCCAGAGGCGUGCAGUCCCCGAGCCAGACCGCGUUUGUACCCCCCGCGCCAGUUACCGCGAAUUGUUGACCCCUCGCCCGGGCAAUCGAGUGAACGUGUUUUUUUCUUCUCUUUUUGUUUGAUCAGACACCAACGCCCCUGUCUGUGGUGUUCGCAGCAACAGCCGACGACUGAGAAGAGGGACAAGGGUGAUUAGUCUUUCUACUCGCCAACUUUGACUCGACUUCUCUUCCUACCAGCUCAACAAGAGUCCGGUUGCUGCCUUGCCCCUGAUCCCCAAUUCUUCAGCCAACCGCCGCCAUGGAGAAUUACCAGAAGCUGGAGAAAGUCGGAGAGGGUACCUACGGCGUCGUAUACAAGGCUCGGGACCUUGCUAAUGGCGGACGAAUCGUUGCCCUGAAGAAGAUCCGACUCGAAGCCGAAGACGAGGGCGUUCCGAGCACCGCCAUCCGCGAAAUCUCCCUCCUCAAGGAGAUGCGAGAUCCCAACAUUGUUCAGUUGUUCAACAUUGUCCACGCCGAUGGCCACAAGCUGUAUCUGGUCUUUGAGUUUCUUGACCUGGAUCUGAAAAAAUACAUGGAGGCGCUUCCUGUUAACGACGGCGGUCGAGGCAAGACACUCCCCGAGGGCACUUCCAUCCGCGUGCAGACGCUUGGAUUGAACGAUACCGUUAUCCGCAAGUUCAUGAUGCAGCUAUGUGACGGCAUCAGAUACUGCCACUCGCACCGCAUCCUGCACCGAGAUCUCAAGCCCCAGAACCUCCUCAUCAAUAAAGAUGGCAAUUUAAAGCUUGCAGAUUUCGGUCUGGCGCGGGCGUUUGGUGUGCCGCUGAGAACCUACACGCACGAGGUGGUGACGCUCUGGUACCGAGCCCCUGAGAUUCUUCUUGGUGGAAGACAAUACUCGACUGGUGUGGACAUGUGGUCCAUUGGAUGCAUCUUUGCUGAAAUGUGCACGCGCAAGCCUCUCUUCCCAGGUGACUCUGAGAUUGACGAGAUUUUCAGGAUAUUCCGUGCUCUCGGAACUCCCACAGAAGACCUGUGGCCUGGCGUCACAUCCUAUCCCGAUUUCAAGGCAUCGUUCCCCAAGUGGCAGCGAGAUUACCAACAACCACUCUCCCCCAACCUUGAUGACAAGGGCCUGGACUUGCUCGAGAUGAUGCUCGUCUAUGACCCUGCAGGAAGAAUCUCGGCCAAGCAGGCAUGCAACCACCCUUACUUUGAGGACUACGUGCCUACUCCGGGAUCAACGACAACACCGGCAACAGCCCCAACAGCAGGUCGCGGUAACAGCUACUUCCACUAG